GGUGCGGUGCGGGCGGGGCUGCGUGCGGGCCGAAGUGCAGCGCGGACGGGGGCUCUCCUGCCAGGAUGACACUGAAGAAAAUUCCAAUGAUGGCAGCCAGCCAUCCAAAAGACGGCGGAUGGGCUCAGGGGACAGUUCUCGGAGCUGUGAGACUUCUAGUCAGGACCUUGGAUACAGCUAUUUUCCUGCUGAAAACCUGAUAGAGUACAAGUGGCCACCAGAUGAAACAGGGGAGUACUAUAUGCUUCAGGAACAAGUUAGUGAAUAUUUGGGUGUGACUUCCUUUAAAAGAAAGUAUCCAGAUUUAGAACGACGAGAUUUGUCUCACAAGGAGAAACUCUACCUCAGAGAACUAAAUGUUAUCACAGAGACUCAGUGCACGUUAGGUCUAACAGCUUUGCGUAGUGAUGAAGUAAUUGAUCUUAUGAUUAAAGAAUACCCUGCCAAACAUGCUGAGUAUUCUGUUAUACUGCAAGAGAAAGAACGUCAGCGAAUAACAGAUCAUUAUAAAGAGUACUCUCAAAUGCAGCAGCAGAACACACAGAAAGUAGAAGCCAGUAAAGUUCCAGAAUAUAUUAAAAAAGCUGCCAAGAAGGCUGCAGAAUUCAACAGCAAUUUAAACCGAGAGCGAAUGGAAGAAAGAAGAGCCUAUUUUGAUUUACAGACACAUAUUAUCCAGGUGCCUCAAGGAAAAUACAAAAUCUUGCCUACAGAGAGAACAAAGGUUAGUCCUUAUCCAGUGGCUCUCAUACCCGGCCAGUUCCAGGAGUACUACAAAAGAUAUUCUCCAGAUGAACUUCGUUACUUACCAUUAAACACAGCUCUUUACGAACCCCCUUUGGAUCCAGAGCUGCCUGCAUUAGACAGUGAUGGGGAUUCAGAUGAUGCAGAGGAAGGGCGAGGUGACGAGAAACGGAAAACCAAAGGCAAUUCGGACAAUUCGUCUGGCAAUGUAUCUGAAGGUGAUUGCGCCACAGACAACCAGGAAGAUUCUUUUCAGGGAAGACAAAAAACGAGAGACAAAAGUGCUACUCCAAGAAAAGAUGGUUCCAAACGUUCUGUAUUAUCCAAAUCAGUUCCUGGGUACAAGCCAAAGGUCAUUCCAAAUGCUAUAUGUGGAAUUUGUCUGAAGGGUAAGGAGUCCAACAAGAAAGGAAAAGCUGAAGCUCUUAUACAUUGCUCCCAGUGUGACAACAGUGGCCACCCUUCUUGCCUUGAUAUGACCCCGGAGCUUGUUGCUAUGAUUAAGACUUACCCUUGGCAAUGUAUGGAGUGUAAAACAUGCAUUAUGUGUGGGCAGCCUCACCAUGAAGAAGAAAUGAUGUUCUGUGAUGUAUGUGACCGUGGUUAUCACACUUUUUGUGUGGGGCUUGACGCUAUUCCCUCAGGUCGCUGGAUUUGUGAUUGUUGUCAGAAAGACCCUCCCAUCCCCAGAAGAGGAGGAAGAAGGGGGAAAAACAGCAAGGAAGGCUAAACUCCCCUAAAAAACCUUGCUGUUUCAAAAUUUAACUGCACAAAUUGAAGUGAUACUUUGGUGCUAUUUAACCAACCACUUUUAAGAGGAACAAUACCACUGCGUUUUUCUUUUUAUCAAAUAAACUUUUAAUUUUGGCUAUAUAACCACUUUUUGUGAGAC